AACAUUUCUGGCUGUGUCAGCCAAAAUUCCUGCCGGGGACUGCUGCAAUGCAGCACACCACACCCCCGCCGGCGCCGAGCCCGAGCCUGGACGGCCGGUGCCGCUCAGCUCCGGCCCCGCCGCUGCCAUAGGCGUCCCUCCUCCUCUUCCCGGCGAGCCCCGAUGAUUUCAGGUUGCUUGGCAUCCCGUCCUGCGGGCACUGGUGUCACAGCAGCCCGGCGCACGUUCGGUUUCACGUUCGCCGGCGGCAGAACGCGCUGGCCGCCCGAAGGGAUCGGCUGUGGUUUCAGGUUUCAUUUCCCUCGCACGCUACGCCCGAAUUCCAGACGCGCUCCGGCUUCGCCGCUGCAUGGACUCUGAGCGUCGGUCCUUUGCCGUACCCAGCGGAGGCAGACCGGGCUUCCCUCGGCUCCAGGGAGUGGACCAUGAAGACGUCAAUUGUAUUCUUGCUUUGCAUCUCAGUUUUCCCCGGCCUUUCCCAGGGCAGAGUCGUAAGAGAGGAUGAAACUGGUUUUGCCGAGUGUAACGUGUUCUUCCCUGGACAAGUCCCACCAGAAGGAUUUACGGAGCCGUUCCACGUGAAAAUCUGUCAGCAGUACAACAAAGAGCCGCGCUUUGCAACCCUCUACAGUACUAAGGACAAAAUCCCUCUUUAUUCAGCUUUUAAGUUUACAAAGCCAGCUCAAAGUGGGGAGGAGAACUGGCUGGUUGAACCGCAGAUAGAUGAUCCAGAAAAUGACUUGCAUGAAAUGGUGCAUGAAGCCGAUAUUGGUGACACUGUGGCCAACCUUGGUGCAAAUCAAGCCCUGACCUCAGACUACGUGGGCUCUGGCUACGAGAGAGGCCUUCUCAAUCCCAGUUUUCUUAAUGAGGAGGAUUUCCAGGUGGCCACUUACACACUCACAAAUGCUGUCCCUCUGAGCCCAGCUCUGAGCAAAAGCUGGCACAGAGACAUUGAGAAGGUAAUGGAGCAAGCUCUGAUCCCUCACUGUUCCAAGAUGAAUCAUCUAUAUCUCCUUGUAGGUGCAAUUCCUUCCAGUGUCCAAGUUAAAGGCAAGGUGUCAGUGCCAGAGAGCCUCUGGCUGGCGGCCUGCUGUGAUGCUCCAGAGGGAUGGUCCCUGGGACUAGUGAAAAAAAUCAACGAUGAAAACAGCUUGGCAGACCUCACAGUGAGAGAGCUGGAGAAGCAGCUUCUACCGGGAGUUCACUUGUUCAAGGGCAGCUGUGGGGAAGACAAACAAAGCCGGGAGAAAAGAGAAGCAGUAUUUCAAGUUCUCAGUCAGAUCCGCUCUGGAGAGCAAGCGGGAACAAGUAACAACCGGGAGACCAAAGAGAGUGGCUGGGUGAGAAGAGUGGCUGGCAUCAUUGCUACCCCUUUCAUCAAACUUCUGGAACUCAUCAUCUACAUCUUUGUGGAGCUGGUGAAAUUCGUGUUUUAUUUUCUGUGGCUUGUCGUAAAGCGAGUUGUUGGUACGAUUCUGGGUGGAGUCUACAGCCUGUGGAAUGGGAUGGUGUCCUACCUUAAAGCCGUCAGCAUGGUGCUCAUCAGCAUCCCCUAUGAUGUUGGGAGGGUCAUCAUCAACAUCUUCCUGGGCUUCCUGCAAAUUGUUCAAGAUGUGUUGUCCCUCACCUACAGGAUCCUGAGCAUCCCCGUGGGGUUCGUCCUUCACCUUGCUGCUUUCCCUUACCACACCAUCUGUGCCAUUCCCUCUGUCCUUAAAGACGUGGCCACCGGGCUCGGGGGCACCUUCUCGCUGGUCAUCGAUGCCACAGCCGCGGUUCUGCACGGCUUUUAUUACCUGGCUAGUCACAUCGUCAAACGGUUUAUCCCUAAGGGCUCUUCUGGCGACUGAUAGGGACGGAAACCGAGGCUGCAAAUACAUGGAAUGAAGGAGGAGUGGGGCAAUGCUUUAAGAUACGUGGCCAAAUGCUGUCAAUUUCAUUCUGGUAUUUAUUGUAGUGACAUUAAUAAAAAUGAACUGACUGAGGAAUAA